AUAAAAAAUCAUAAAACCUAUUUGAAGCAAGCGAGAUGAAGAGCGUGGGUGUGGAGCAAAGAGAAAGACAUGUCAGAGGUUGAUUUUGAAGAAGAGCGACGCCUCUUUAUCCCCAACCUCCUUUCCCUUGAAGAAUGCAAGGAGUUGGAAUUCAUCCACAAGUGUAGCAGCACUGUUGGUUACAGACCCAAUGUCUUCUCUACCACUCUCUCUCAUCUCAUUGCCACCAAUUCUUCUCAUUUCAUCUUUCCUUUUAUUCCCAUCCGAGAAAGGUUGAAAGACCGACUAGAAGACUUUUUCAAUUGUCAGUUUCAACUCUUUAUUGAAUUCACCGGUUUAAUCAGCUGGAGCAGAGGAGCAAGCAUUGGAUGGCAUAGUGAUGAUAAUAGGCCUUACCUCAAACAACGUCACUUUUCAGUAGUAUGUUAUUUAAAUACAUAUGGAAAGGAUUUCAAUGGUGGACUCUUUCACUUCAAAGAUGGGGAACCGGCAACAAUUAUGCCUGCUGUUGGAGAUGUUGUGAUGUAUACAGCUGACAACCGUAACAUUCAUUCUGUUGAUGAGAUAACAGAUGGAGAAAGACUGACACUUGCUUUAUGGUUCAGUCGUGAUGGUUCCCAUGAUGAAGAUACGAAGCUUGUUUCCCUUCUUUCACAACACCUAUUACAUAACAACAUGGCUGGUUCAUGCUUACCUUUGCCUGCAUCCAGUAACAUGUAUUGGUUUUCUCAGGACCAAGCUUCCAAUGACCAGUUUGGUUUUAAUAUUUGUUGGGCCAGACUGCAUGUUCUCGGAUACAACAUAUAUAUUUCUCAGGAAAGUAGCGGUGACUCUGAUGUCUCCGAAUUAAUGGUAAAGCCAGUGCAGUUGGUGAGAGGAAGCGAAUUGCUAGACCUGGAAUUUGUCAAUAUUUUGCAUGCGCUUCAGGUUGUCCAAUUUUAUAGUUGGAAAGGAUCUGCCUUGCAGACCAACAUGUCAUCAAAUAUAGAUUCCAAGGUAGUAAAACUGUUGGGUGCGCAAAGAGAGAAAAUCAGUGCUCUAAAUUCUGUACUUUUGAAUGAUGUUGAAUUCGCCUCCAGAGUUUUCUGUGAAAGAUCUUCCAAUUUGGAAGAAAAUGGUUCCAUUUACUUUAACUGGACAGGAAUGGUGGCUGCUAUUGCUGCUUGGGAAGAUUAUGUAUUGAAGUUAAACAAGCAAAUUCAUUUACAGUUUCCUCACUGGAAAAUGCACAAAUCUUUAUAUAAUGUACAACUGAGUGAGCAGUAUCCAUGAUCAGCAAGCAAAUUCAUUUUCGAAGGACUGCUUUGACAGCAUUACUCAAGUCAUUGUGUUUUGGGUGAGUUUUAAGACAAUGCUGCUUGAAGAAGAGAUGAGGAGUGCAACUCAAUGUAUACCAUGUUGGAUCCAAAAACUUAAACUGUGACAAGUAGUAUACUGUGAACUCUAAUUUUCACUUCUAAACUAAUGCUAGGAAUUAUAAUUUGGGGGAAGAACACAAGAGUAUGAUGGAUAAGGGAUUCUGGUUAGGGGCGAAGGCAGACUUUGAAGUUUGCAGGGACAGAUCCUUUUCCUUGGAAAAAUGUACAAAAAUCCUUUAAAUUGUUACUUAGAUGGAAAUUUAGAUUUUGUUCUGGUGAAGAGAGAAAACAAAGUGCUUGAUAGAUUAUGAGUUAGGUGCAUGUUGUUACAUACAAAAGUCUUUGCUCUAGUUCUCAAUGGGCAUAGUAUUAGUAAAGCUGUGGAACUUUCUUUUUAAUGAACAAUGUUAGUAUAUUAAUAAAUUUUGAGGGUGAGGAUUGAACUUAAA